CGAGAGUUCAUUCUUAGCUGAGAUUGAUAUUGAAAAAUACUUGAGAAACAAAGCUGAAAGUCGAAAGAGUGAAGCAGAGAUCGAGGCGAGCAUGCAAACAUCAGUCUGCACUAAUGAUAUGCUAUUUUCAAUGGAAAUUGGCACUAUUUAG